AUGAGCAACACCGAAGACGAAUUCCAGGAGGCACGGAUUUUGCAAAAUGAACCUUCUGCCCAUGUAUGUAAGGUUGGAAUUCGCAUACCACCGUUUUGGCCAGAGGAACCCGAGAUAUGGUUCGCACAAGUGGAAGGUCAGUUCAGCAUUGCUGGCAUCACCAGUGACUCGACCAAAUUUAAUUAUGCCAUUGGUCAGCUCGGAAACCUGUACUCCAAAGAGGUCAAGGAUUUAAUUAUCAAUCCACCCUCCACCAACAAAUUUGAAAAACUGAAAACGGAGCUGAUAAAAAGACUGACUGCAUCCAAAGAAAAGAAGUUGACGCAGCUGCUGAUGCAUGAAGAGAUGGGUGACAGGAAGCCGUCGCAGUUUCUUCGGCACCUUGAAAGCUUAGGCGGGUCGCAAAUCUCAACCGACUUUUUGAAGACAGUUUGGGUCAGCCGAUUACCUACCGGCAUCCAAACAGUCUUGGCUGGACAGACUUCUACCACAAUUGAAGAGAUGGCGGAUAUAGCAGAUAGGAUCAAUGACCUUGUCCCCUCGACACCUCAGGUGGCAUCAACCAGCCGACAGAGUGAGAAUGUCGACUUGGCCAAGGAGAUCGCUGCUUUACGAAAAGAGGUCCAACAGCUGGCCCUCAGACAACGAAGCGGCAGAUCAAGCAGCAGGUCCCGACCACGCGAUCGUCAGCAUUCUUCGUCGGGAUCCCAAUCCCGCUACCGGCGCUACCCAGUCUGCUGGUACCACUUUAAGUUCGCCGACAAGGCGACCAAGUGCUGCCCUCCAUGCAACUUCAAGUCGGAAAAACUCCAAAGGCAAUCGGUAACGACGACCGACGAUUGCCCUUCUUCAACUGGUCGCCUGUUCGUCACCGAUCGCAAAUCCAAGACACAGUUCCUGGUCGACACUGGGAGCGACCUCUGUGUCUUCCCGCGGUCGCUGCUGCGAGAGCGUCGUGCACGGACUACGUAUCAGCUAAGUGCCGCUAAUGGUUCUUGUAUACACACUUAUGGUUAUGUUCAUUUACAACUUGACUUUUGUUUACGUAGAACUUUUAAAUGGCGUUUUGUUGUUGCCGAUGUGACUAAACCUAUUAUAGGUGUAGAUUUUUUAAAUCAUUACAAUUUAAUAGUUGACUGUCGUAACAAACGCAUAAUAGACAAUACAACAUCUGUAACAGCUUGUGCGUUGCGAGUUAAAUGCAACGACAUUUCGUCGGUCAAAGUCCAAUCGGGUGACUCGGGUUACCAUAAAAUUUUGUCGGACUUUCCCGAUAUUACCCGACCGUCCGGCACGCACCGUAUCAUACCACACAACACGGUACACCACAUUCGCACUACACCAGGCCCACCAGUUUCUUGUUCACCUCGUCGCCUCGCUCCAGAUAAAUUAAAAAUCGCCAAAGAAGAAUUCCAGGCUAUGUUAGAAUGCGGUAUAGCUAGGCCGUCUGAAAGUCCUUGGUCGUCACCGUUACAUUUGGUACCCAAAAAGGACAACGGUUGGCGUCCGUGUGGAGACUAUCGGAUGUUAAACGCCAGGACAAUUCCUGAUAGGUAUCCUAUUAGGCAUAUACAGGACUUCGCUCACAGUAUAGCAGGGUGUAAAGUAUUUAGUACACUGGACCUAGUUAAAGCGUAUAACCAAAUCCCUGUGAGUCCUGAGGACAUUCCUAAAACCGCAAUAACAACUCCAUUUGGUUUGUAUGAGUUUCCGUUCAUGAAUUUUGGCCUUUCAAAUGCAGGGCAAUCGUUCCAGAGGUUCGUGGACGAAAUGACAAGAGGACUUGAUUUUUGUUAUUGUUAUCUAGACGAUUUUUUAAUUUUUUCAAAAGACGAG